CCCUCUCUCUCUCUCUCCCUUUCUCUCUCUUCCAUUUCUUCCUUCCUCAACAAUCCUCUGUCUCUUUCUAUAUAUAUAUCUGCAUAUCUCAAUUAAUGUAUGUGCGAGCGUAUACGUAAGGAUACAAGUCAUAGAAUUUCUUCUUCAUUGUGAUUGAGGGGAAAUAUACAAAAGAGAAGAGCCGGGAAGAACGUAUAUGGUACUCUGAAGGCGCAUUGUCUCUUUCCCUGGCUUUCUCCCCUGAUCAGAGGUGGAAAGCUUGCAGUUCUCGUGUGGAUUCACGCCCUGCUUUCAACUCUCUUAGCUUCUAAAUUCCUGCAGUUAACUGAUUUCAAGGACCGGUGUAGGACCUUGGCGAUUUUAACUAUGAGUACAUCCAAGGAAAAGGGAAGCACUGCGUGGAGAACCUGUUCUGGAUCAGAUUGUUUUGAUACUUCAACCGAUGCUUCACUUUUCUCGAGCUCACUGCCUGUUCUUUCUCAUGAGAGAUUGAACUUGAGUGAGGCGGAACAUGGAUGUGAAUCCAGUGAUGAUGCCUACAGCUUGAAGAAAAUUCACCAAGUAGUGGAGAGUAAUGACUUGCUUGGAGAUAAUAUAAGUGAUCCCAUCAGGUGCUUGCUUCCUGAUGAUGAGGAUGCACUUUUAUCUGGCGUAAUGGAUGGUUUUGACAUUGGGGAGUUUCAAAACUGCAGUGAUGACUUGGAAGAAUAUGAUAUUUUUGGCAAUGGAGGAGGACUAGAACUGGAAUCUGAUUUUCCUCGGGAAAAUCUAACCAUGGGUGCAUCAAGGAUAACUCUUUCAGAUACAACUGGAGUGGCUCAUUGCGGACUUUCCAGUGGAGGGGUAGCAAUUACUGGAGAACAUCCUCUUGGGGAGCAUCCUUCGAGAACAUUAUUUGUUCGUAACAUCAACAGCAAUGUUGAGGAUUCCGAACUUAGAACCCUCUUUGAGCAAUAUGGCGAUAUCAGAACUAUGUAUACUGCUUGUAAGCAUAGGGGAUUUGUAAUGAUAUCCUACUAUGAUAUUCGUGCUGCUCGAACUGCAAUGCGAGCGUUACAGAAUAAACCACUGCGGAGAAGAAAACUGGACAUUCAUUUCUCAAUUCCCAAGGAUAACCCAUCGGAAAAAGAUAUGAAUCAAGGAACCCUAGUCAUUUUUAAUUUGGAUCCAUCAGUUUCAAAUGAUGAUCUCCUGCAAAUAUUUGGAUCUUAUGGUGAGAUCAAAGAGAUUAGGGAAACACCGCACAAGAGGCACCACAAGUUCAUUGAGUACUAUGAUGUCAGAGCUGCAGAAGCUGCUCUUAGAUCCUUAAAUAGGAGUGAUAUAGCUGGGAAACGUAUAAAGCUUGAACCUAGUCGCCCGGGUGGAACUCGUCGAAAUCUUAUGUUGCAACUAAAUCAAGAUCUUGAACAAGAUGAAUGUCGCAGUUUCACACACCAAAUGGGUUCUGUAAUUGGCAUUUCUCCACCAGGUAACUGGCCAAAGUUUGGCAGCCCUAUAGGACAUGGCUUUGUGCAUAAUCCCAGCAAUUCCCCUGGUAUUAGAUCCUUGAGUCCUACAACUAACAGUAACUUACAUGGAUUAGCUUCACUUUUACAUCCUCAAGGAUUUAACUCUACAAGGGUUGCACCUAUUGGUAAGGAUCAAGCAAGGGGUGGUCUUACAGAACACCUAUCAAAUAAUGGAAAUUCAAACUUUGGAGCUUCAAUCCAACAACCUCAUUCUUUUCCUGAACCAAAGUUGAAUUGGUAUUCAGGUCCAAGGUCGUCUUAUGGUGCUUCUAGUUCAAAUGGUUCGGUUAUCGAAACACUAUCUGGACAAGAAUUUCUUUGGGGAAGUCCGAAGGUGCAUUCUGACUAUAGUAAUUCUUCCUGGCAAGCACAACCUAUGGGGCAUGCUUUUAUAUCUAAUGGACAGGAACACUGGUUUCCAUCCCCAAAUCACCAUGGAUCUUUCCUCAAUUCAUCUCAACACCACAACCAUCCUCAUCAUGCUGGUUCUGCUCCAUCCAGUCUUCCUGUUGAAAGGCACUUAGCUUUCUUCCCUGAUUCAUUAGAGGCCUCACAUUUGAGCGCCUUCAGUGGCAUAGGUAUGGGCCACAAUGACAAGAGUUAUACAAUGAAUGCUGGUCCUCGUGGUGCAUCAAAUUCCGGUGUUUCCUUUUCUGGAAGUAUGUCAUAUGGUUCUCCUCGAUUAAAUAUAAUGUCUUCUCAAAGGCCAAGUCCUGUAUUCCCUGCCAAUGCUUAUUUCCCAGGAUCUACAGCCACUGACUUCAAGGUUUUGACUGAACAUGUCCAUUCUCAGCAUGAAGAGGUUAAUGGCAACCAAAUUGAUAACAAAAAGUUUCAGCUUGACUUGGAUAAGAUUAGAAGUGGCGAAGAUACUCGGACUACUUUAAUGAUAAAGAAUAUCCCAAACAAGUACACCUCCAAGAUGUUGCUGGCGGCUAUUGAUGAACAUCACAAGGGCAGUUUUGACUUCCUGUAUUUGCCCAUUGAUUUUAAGAACAAGUGCAACGUGGGCUAUGCAUUCAUAAACAUGUUGUCUCCAUCACUCAUUAUACCACUUUUUGAGGCAUUUAAUGGAAAGAAGUGGGAGAAGUUCAAUAGCGAGAAAGUGACUUUGUUGGCAUAUGCUCGAAUUCAGGGUAAGGAAGCCCUUGUAGGCCACUUCCAGAACUCAAGCUUGAUGAAUGAAGAUAAGCGCUGUAGGCCCCUUCUUUUCCAUCCAGAAAGCUCAGACUCUAGUAAUCAGAUUGUCCAGGAGCAUCGUUCUUCUAGUAGUUUGAGUGUUCAAGUCCAUCGAUCAAAUGAAUCAAAGUUAUCCGGUUAUACUGGCAUCUCGCCAGAGGAUAGUUCAAUUGAAAAAAGCGGAGAAGUGCUAACAGAGGGCAGAAGGCACCUUAACAUAAGCUAAACCAGGUGAUUGCUGUAGGAAUAUAUGUAGAAAAAUAUAGGAUUAGAUCAGCUAAAAGGGACUAGGACUGCAGUGUGUUUUUUGGAAACCAACCUGUUGUUGUACUGAUAGAAUGCUUUCUGGGGAAGAAGUGAUUUUGACUGGUGCAGCAUCAAUGCCUGAUUCCUAGGGAAGUUGAUAUUUAUGACAUUUUGAGAUCAUUUUGCAAAUUAGGAUUUGGUCAAUUGCAUCCCUGCUGUGUUGUUAGGUGAAGGAAGGGUAUAGUUUUUGGAAUCUUUUUGCUUUUCUGAACCAAGCACAUUCUGAAUUGUAUAGUUCAUAUACUAACUUUUGAUUUAGUGUUUUAAAUCUUGAAUCAAAGGGGUGUGUUUGGAUUAUUGUGUCGAGUAUUGAUGUAAUAGCUUUUUAACAAACUUGUGGAAGGUUUAAUCUUCGCUUA